GUCAAUAAAAGUAGGGUUAGGGAUCAUUGUUGUUAUUAUUAAUCGCGCGAUGGAGAAUCGUCAGAAGAUCUCUUCACAUGGAUUCCGUGCUGAAUCCUCAUUCCAGUCCCAGAAGUUGGAGAAGGAGUGCAAAAAGAACUGGGAUUUGUUCUAUAAGAGGAACAAGACCAAGUUCUUCAAGGAUAGGAACUGGACAACGCGGGAAUUCACUGACUUGCUCAGUCUGGAUGACACGAAGAUUUUGCUGGAAGUGGGUUGUGGCGUGGGAAAUUUCAUCUUCCCACUGUUGGAAGUAUGUCAGGCCAAGUAUAUCUACGCUUGUGACUUCUCCAGCGAGGCUGUGAAGCUCCUGCGGCAGAAUCCUCUAUAUUCUGAGGAUGUCAUGAAGGGAUUCACAUGUGACAUCACCACAGAUGACAUUUUCACCACUGUCCAGGAGAAUUCCGUGGACAUUAUCACACUGAUCUUCGUCUUAUCGGCCAUUCACCCGGAGAAAUUCCCCAAAGUGCUGGACAAUCUGCAGAGACUUCUCAAGCCAGGCGGAGUGGUGCUGUUCCGUGACUACGGGCGUAACGACAUGGCGCAGUGGCGCUUCAGAGAUUCCUGCAAACUCUCAGACAACUUCUAUGCUCGCCAGGACGGCACGAGAAGCUACUUCUUCUCCGACUCAGAGACGCAUGACUUGUUCCAGGCAGCGGGAUUUACCACUCAGCAGAACGCGUAUGUCCACCGCCAGACGGUGAACGUGAAGGAGAGCGUGGAUGUGAAACGCACUUUUGUGCAGGGCAUUUAUCAGAAGAGUUGA